AUGGGGGUGAGAAAGGAUAUUGCUUUUCCAGUUGGAUUUGCUUGGGUUGCAGCUACAGCAGCAUAUCAAAUUGAAGAAGGCUAGAAUGCAGAUGGAAAGGGCCCUAAUGUCUGGGACAUAUUCACCCAUCAGGGAGGAGAUCGAGUUUUCAAGAACCAGACUGGUGAUGUAGCUUGUGGCAGCUACACUCUGUGGGAGGAAGAUUUGAAAUGUAUCAAACAGCUUGGAUUGACUCAUUAUCGCUUUUCUCUUUCCUGGUCACGUCUGUUACCUGAUGGGACGACAGGUUUCAUCAACCAGAAAGGUCACUGUGAAAAAGGUAUAGCCCCAGUAUUGGUAGUAGAGCUUACAAAGCAGAUUAUAAAGUAUAAAAAUCUCACGCUAAACCCUGAUGCAGUUGUGGAUACUUACAAUAACCCUAUAAUUUACAUCACUGAGAAUGGAUUUUCCCAAAGUGACCCUGCUCCACUUGAUAACAGUCAAUGA